GGCGUCGAAUGGCUUUUCGCUUCCCCUCUUCUCCCUCCCCUUAAUUCUGCACCUCAAGAAGAGUGGCGAUUGCUUUGGUGUUGGUCCUUCAAUGCCCGUGGGGGCCCUUUCUCGGUGAAUUUCGCGGCAGCAGGCUGUUAGGGUGCGGUUGCCGGUUUCGAUUGAAGGAUGUUCUUCAGCGGGGACUCGACCUCCCGCAGGAGAGUGAACUUGGGAGGACGUAGCUCCAAGGAGAGUGAUCGGCAGGUGGUUCUUGAGCAGGCGCGGGUUGAGCGGAAGCGGAGGCAAGCCUUUCGGCAGGAGACCUCUGCUGCUAUUAAGAUCCAGAAAUUCUUCAGAGGAAGGAGGGCUGUUAAAUUUGAACGAUCAAGAAUACGAGAGCAAUUCUGCCAUACAUUCGGUGAUCAAGGCCAAAAAGCAAAUAAGAGUUGCUUAAGUGCUGAUUCAGAGUUUCUGCCUCAGUUACUCCUUUUCUUCUCGGUAAAGAACAGCGGUGAUGUAGCUAUUCUAACAGCAGCAAGCCGGUUAAUACUUCAGCUUGCUUAUAAUGGUGGGAAUCUUGUGAGUAUCUUUUCAGGAACAGAUUAUUCUGCUAAGCGGUCUGUUGUAGAGAUGAGGGUCAAAAAGCUUGUGCUAGCAUGCAUCAAGACAAUCCACCAUAUGAGGGAUGGCUUGAAGGACCAGCUUCUGAUGCCAUCUGGUACGCCUACAACUAUUUUAUUGGAUACAGUGGCCAUCUUAAUAAACCCUGAUCUUCCAUGGGUCUGCAAGGUUAUUGGUCAUCUUUUGCAGCAGCAGAUCUUCCUCUUGUUACGUGAUAUCAUUCUCUGCACCAUGAAUAACAUGAAAGAGCCAGAAAUUCGUUCUAGUAUGUCUUCUCUGGAGAAUGUUCUUGCCCUAAUUACUCUUCAUGCUAGUCGGCAUCCAAGUUAUUGUUCAGAUACGGAUCCAAAAUUAUGCUUCUCGUUGCAAAUCUUGUCGAUUCCUUUUCUGUGGCAUCAUCUUUCAUAUUAUAAGGAGGUUUUCUUGACGCGAAGACUCACAAAGUUCUAUAUCCAUCGAUUGGCGCUCUGCUUGCCUAGUCAUGCAUCUGUUAUUCCUAAUGGUGUUUCUCCUGAAUUUCCAGGUUAUGCCUGUCUACUAGGUAAUUUGGUAGAAGUUGCUACGGCUGUUUUUUCUGAUCAAAGCUACAACAAAAGUACAGUCAUGGACUUUGUACUUGUCUUAACCUUUUUGUUUGAAGAGCUCCCAAAAUUGAAAUCAACUGCUGGAGUAGGGUAUUUUUAUGAUGAUGAUGUGGGCAUGGAUGAGGGAACCAACAAUUUUUUGGAUACAAAUCUAGAAAGCCAGAUAACAAAUGCAAUUGAUUCACGUCUUUUUCAACUUUUAGUAAAUGCAUUGUUUAUGGAUGCAUCACUUGGUCGUCAUGGAUAUGAAACUGCUCAAUCUGAAGUAGUUGAAGCUAUUGGUUCUAUUUGUGCUUUCUUGCAUGUCACAUUCAGUGCAUUGCCUUCUGAACGUAUCAUGACUGGGCUUGCUUAUGGAACUGAUCUCGUUCACAUACUCUGGAGUUUUAUAAAAUGUUGCCAUGAAAGUCAAACGUGGCCGCAUUUUCCUCAACUCUCAGGAUAUAUUCCUGAUGAUGCUCCACGCUGGCUAUUAUGUUUGGCUGUUUUCUGUCCUGUGUAUAAGUAUAUGCUGACAAUCAUGGACAAUGAGGAAUUCUAUGAGCAGGAAAGACCACUAUCCUUGAUGGAUAUCCGGCUCUUAGUUAUAAUAUUAAAACAGGAUUUAUGGCAACUCCUUUGGGUACUACCGGCUGUCGUGUCUCCUCAGAAACAUGGAACUGAUAUUUUUUUCAAUAAAAGGCUCUCAGUUGAAACUAUAAGAACUGGAGCUCGUGCAAUGAUGUGUGAACUCUUGAACCAGUUACAGGAUUGGAAUAACAGAAAGUUGUUCACCGCACCUAGUGAUUUUCACGCACUUGAAGCUAGCAGCGAAGCAUUUAUAGCUCAGGCCCUAACUGAAAAUAGCAGAGCAUUUGAGUUGCUGAAACAGGCUCCAUUUCUGGUUCCAUUUACAAGCAGGGUUAAAAUAUUCAAUGCAAAACUAGCAGCUUCGAAGCAACAAACUGGUGCUUUCCCUCUAUCUAGAAAUCGGUUUCGGAUAAGAAGAAAAAGAAUUUUUGAAGAUGCAUUCAAUCAGCUGAGUGCACUCUCAACGGAUGAACUCAGAGGCUCGAUUCGUGUUUCCUUUUUUAAUGACUUUGGAGUAGAGGAAGCUGGAAUUGAUGGUGGUGGUAUUUUUAAGGACUUCAUGGAAAACAUUACUCAAGCAGCUUUCAAUGUGCAAUAUGGACUAUUUAAGGAAACUACUGAUCACCUAUUAUAUCCAAAUCCUGGAUCCGGAGUGAUUCAUGAGCAGCAUCUUCAAUUCUUUGACUUUCUGGGAAGCCUGCUUGGAAAGGCAAUGUAUGAAGGCAUUCUUGUCGACAUACCUUUUGCGACAUUCUUCCUCAGCAAAUUGAAACAAAAGCACAACUAUUUGAAUGACUUGCCUUCACUAGAUCCAGAAUUGUAUCGUCAUCUGCUCUUUCUAAAGCAUUUUGAAGGCGAUGUUUCAGACUUGGAGCUUUAUUUUGUUAUUGUAAACAAUGAAUAUGGGGAACAAAAAGAAGAAGAGUUGCUACCUGGAGGAAAAGAUAUUCACGUUACAAAGGAAAAUGUUAUCACAUACAUUCAUCUCAUCGCCAAUCAUCGGUUAAACUAUCAGAUUCGGCAUCAAAGUUCGCACUUUUUACGUGGAUUUCAGCAACUUAUAGAGAAAGAAUGGAUUGAAAUGUUCAGUGAACAUGAAAUCCAGAUUCUAAUAUCAGGUUCACUUGAGAAUUUGGAUAUGGAUGAUCUACGUUCUAAUGCUCAUUAUUCAGGUGGCUACAAUGAAAAUCAUCCCGUGAUAGAUGUCUUCUGGGAAGUUUUGAAAAGUUUCUCAUUCGAGUAUCAGAAGAAAUUCUUAAAAUUUGUUACAGGAUGUUCUCGAGGACCACUCCUUGGAUUUAGGUACCUUGAACCUAAAUUCUGCAUACAAAGAGCUGCUCCUUCAAUUGUUGCUGAAGAAGAUCUGGAUCGUUUGCCAACUACCGCAACCUGCAUGAAUUUGCUGAAGCUCCCUCCAUAUAAAAGCAUAGAGCAAAUGAGAAACAAAUUGAUCUAUGCCAUAAAUGCGGAUGCUGGUUUUGAUCUAAGUUAGUGACUGAUUUCUACAAGGAAUGGAAUUUGUGGAUCCCGGUUCAUGGUUUCAUCAAACGGCCGUGUUAUCACUGUGAUUACUUCGACGAAUUCGAUGAUGUUGAGCUGAUUCCAAAAUGAUUAGGUUGAAGAGAAACUUAGUUUAGAUUCAGCAAGAUUGAAGGUUAGUAUCUGGGCCCAGCUCCAAAAUCUCCAGCCACGUAGAAGUUUUUGCAUAAAAGCCCUUCAGGGUUCAAUUAAGCAUACGGUUGUACAUAAUAUACUUCAGGUUGGUCAUUCAAAAAAUGUGUUUUUUAAGAGAUGAAACUACCUCAUUUCAUUACUUAUCAAAUCUGUAUGAUAGUUUCAGCAGAUAUGAUAUUUUAAAUAAAUGCCAAGUUAUUGUUACCUCUGCUGAAGGAGGGUGCUGAUAAUUGCUCUCAACUAUUGACAUUUUAAAUAAGUUCCACUUUGAAUCGAAGCUGAUUUAUUUUUCACUUUUUCAUUCUUGUAAGGCUGUUAAGAAAGCUUAUUGUUUAUGUUAUACCAGCACGAUAACUAGCCCGUCGCAUA